UCAUGACCUACAUUGCUUAUCCGAACCUGGCCAUGGGAAGCUACUCCACCCUUACUGCAGGAUAUAUCGUCCAUGCAACCUAGAAGCGAGCGCAGGCAGACCAUCCCGCUCCUACGCGCACGAUGUUCUCGUACCUCGCUCACCGCCGCGCUUGUUAUGCCAAGCAGCAGGAGCGACGCGACCGCAUCCAGAGCCUGUCUCCUGUGUACCAGGCGCCAUUGACAUCUAUUGAGAAAAACAUCCUCUCCAAGCCCGUCGCCGACAUUGUCUCGAGCGUCCAAAGCGGCUCACUCAAGCCCAGCGACAUCCUCCGCGCCUAUGGAAAAGCCGCUUUAAAGGCGCACGCGGCGACGAACUGCCUCACCGAGAUCUGCAUCCCCGAGGCUGAGGAGUGGGCGAAGAACUGCAACACCAAGGGGCCCCUCGCGGGCAUGCCCGUCAGCCUGAAGGACGAACACGCCAUCGAGGGGUUCGACGCGACCGUGGGGUACUCCGCGUGGGUGGGCAAGAAGAUGAAGAAGGACUCUGCGCUCGUGAGGCUGCUCCGCGCUGCGGGCGCCGUCCCGUACGUGAAGACGAACGUGCCGAUCACGAUGCUGUCGUUCGAGUGUGCGAACGAGGUGUUCGGGACGACGACGAACCCGCAUGGGAAGGACUUCGCGCCGGGCGGGUCGUCGGGCGGUGAGGCGGCGCUGCUUGCGUGUGGUGGUUCGAGGAUCGGGGUGGGCUCGGAUGUCGCAGGUUCAGUCCGCAUCCCGUCACACUACUCUGGGACGUACACGAUCAAGUCGUCGUCCUACCGGUUCCUCAAGUCGGGCAAUGCACACUCCAGCAUCCCUGGUGAGGAAGGCGUGCCCGUCUCGUUGUCUCCGAUGACGCGGACCCUUGAGGACUUGGAGACGUUUUGGAAGGCCGUCAUGAGUAUGAAGCCAUGGGAGUACGACCAUGCGGUGCUUCCGAUUCCUUGGCGCGAUUUGGACCUCUCCAACCAGAAAGGGCUUCGUUGGGGCGUUAUGUGGGACGAUGGUGUCGCUGCUCCCUCCCCCGCUUGUCACCGUGCUCUGCAUACUGUUGCCAAGACGUUGGAGGCUCGGGGUCAUAAAGUGAUAUCCAUCACUCCACCAAGCCCGUAUGAAGGUCUCAAACUCGCCGCUCUAUUGCUCAUGGCAGAUGGCUGCAAAUGCUGCAUCGAACCGAUUCGUACUGGCGAGUUCAACGACCCCGGGGUCGUCGAAGCCCUAGCGAUGUUCCGCACUCCGCGUAUAAUCAAGAAACUAUACGCGUGGUACCUCCGCUACAUCAAGCGUGAUCCACUCUAUGCGGACCUGGUCGAGGUUUGGUCCGAGAAGACGGUGCCAGAGUAUCUGGCGCUCGUUUCGCAACGAGAGGCGUACAGAGAACGCUGGUAUGAGUUCAUGAAUGAACAGGACCUCGAUUUCGUCCUGACAGUUCCAAAUUCGCUGCCUGCGGUGCCGCACGGAGGUAUGAAGGAGGGGUGGAAAGCAUGCGGAUAUACGUUCCUGUGGAACCUGCUUGACUACACUGCAGGCAUCAUGCCGGUUACACAUGUCGACCGUGUACGCGAUGCCUUAGGUGCAUUCAAGCCCAGGAAUGCCAUUGAGGCGGGCCAGUACCGCAUGUACAACGCGGAUAAAAUGCAUGGCUUGCCCGUGGGCGUCCAGGUCGUCGGAAGGAGACUCCAGGAGGAGAAAGUUCUGGAAGGGAUGAAGAUUAUCCAAAAUCUGCUGCGCGAGGAUGGAAAUGCGUACGUACCUCUUGAUCUCAUGGACUGAAUGAUGGGCCUUUGAACCGCUGCCGUAUAUGCGCUUC